UUGAUAACAAAGACUCAUGUUGUUUCCCUGUAAUGAACCUUGAUCUCUGUGUACUUUACCACUUUAGGACCAGACACUGAGAGACAUCCUCCAGCUGUCCAAAGGAAGACUUUCAGGGCUGCAGCACUCUGUCUGGCAGUGCUCUGCUUUCUGAUGAUGACUGGAAUCUUCCUCUUAUCUGUAAACUUCACUUUGCUGCAGACCAGAUACGACCAACUGAGCAAAAACAACAGUCAGUUACAGGAUGAAGUAAAGCAGCUGAUUAACAGAACUGAAGUCACUUUGCUGCAGACCAGAUACGACCAACUGAGCAACAACAACAGUCAGUUACAGGAUGAAGUAAAGAAGCUGAAGGACAGAACUAAAGAAAAGUGCUGUCCUGAUGGAUGGACGAUAUUUGGAUGCAGUUGUUACUUUAAAUCUAAAGAGGAGAAGAAUUGGUAUGAUAGCAGAGCUGACUGUCAGCAGAGAGGAGCAGAUCUGGUCAUCAUAAACAACAAAGAGGAACAGGAGUUUGUCACUGAGCUGAGUAAGGAUGGAGAGUCCUGGAUUGGUCUACGGUAUGAAUGGACACAAGGAAGAUACCAAUGGAAAUGGGAAUGGGUGGACGGAUCACCGCUGACAGAAAAGUUCUGGGCAGCAGGACUGCCUCGCGAUGAAAGUUACCAUGUUGCAAAAUGCUGCGAUCAAGAAGGAAAAUGGACACAAGGAUAUUAUAUUAAUGAUAAUAAGAACUGGAUCUGUGAGAAAAAGAUUAUCUGAACUCUUUGAUGACAGAGAGGUGUGUAGUGUUGCGAUCAGAUUUGUCAAAUCAGACCAAUAUACAUUUAACAUUUACUCAGCUGUUUAUUCUGUGUUGCUAAAUAACCUGGAUUACAGAGAUAUUGUUCCUCUGCCCUUCAUAGUGCACAAUCUGGUUAGAAGUCAUGUGUACUUACUCUGUAGUCCUACAGGAUUAUUAUAAUAAAAGCUAUAUAAAUAAUAUAAAAACAUGGAUUAGCAGGUUGCCUUUACCUUGGUUUAUGUAGUUGAUUAUAACGUUUGUAAUCAGUUAGUUAGAAUCUUUUUCUUAGAACAUUUUACACUCCACACAACAUAAAACCCUGCCCUACCUUCAUCUCCCCUCCCAAACCUGUCCCCAACCAA